AUGGAGUCGAAGGUGAUUGCGUUGCUUAAUUCACGACCACUGUUGACAGUGGUCGAGGCUGCCGCACAGCUUGAGGUGUCUCAGGGGGAUCUUCUGCCCAUCUUCGCCUCCAUUGCCGCCUCCCACGAAGGUGUCUACAAACUUCUAUCGAGAUCGGUCGAGGAGGCAGCCAGCGGCAGCGCCACGGCAGUUGUGCUGCGCAAGGCAGAUCCGCUCAACGAAGACACCUCCGCUUAUGCGCUGCUCUCCCUGGCGUGUUCCUUGAAUGUAACGACGUCGUCAAGACCGCUGCAGUUGCAUCCCAGCGCUGCGGCAUCGCUGCGCCCAUAUCCACUAGUGUCAAGGACCGUCAUGGAAACCCGCACGGCCGCGACAUCCCAGUCGCUGCCGCAGCCUGCAGCACUGGUGUCGCCGGUAGUGUUACCGCUCCCAGCCGCUGCGCCAACUGAAGCUGAGCUGCCAAAACCAGAAGUCAGUGGGCCUGCGGUGAUCUCAUCGCUUGCUGCAACGCCAGCUGCCCUGACAGUACCGCCACUCGUGUCGGAAGAGCCGCCUCAAAGCACGCCGGCUUCUGCGACUGCAGCUCCUCUCAAGGAAGAGAAAGCUCUUCGAGCUCCGUCGCCGAUGGCUACCAUCUUCGAUAAAAUGAAAGAGGCCGCUGCCACAAAGCGACUUCGCAUGGCGGAUGCGGCAGCAAAGCCGCAACGCCAACCAUCGAAGCUGAAAAAAGUGACGAAGACGGAGAACACAACAAGCUUGGUCAGACUGGCGCGGGCGUCGAAGCGAAAGCGCGGCGGCGCUUCUGCAGCUACAGGGGCCGCCUCUGCCCCCUCCUCCAUGAGCUUCCUCGACAACGAGGAGGAGGAGGAUGCGACAACUUACUUUAGCUCCAGCGAGGGCAGCAACAGCCAUUCAAAGAACAUUGUGAAGGAGGAUUCGCCCAUCUUUGACGUGGUCGAGCUGCCUGCCUCGAACGACGAGAUUAUCAUGUGUGACUACGCCCCACCGCUCGCAUUUCGUCCAGCAGCACCGCUACCCUCUCCCCCAACACCAACUCCUGCCAAAAAGGCGAGCUCAGCCGCAGUCCCGGCAGCGGCCGGUGCAACACAGCACACGCUUGGCUCUUUCUUCAACACCGCUGUCGUGAUGUUCCAGAAGUCGUACGUGCGGGAGGUGCAGACAGAGAUGAAGAUCGAAAACGGCGAGUUUGUCUGUUGCGACCUUCCCUGCUACAAGCACAGCUCCACAGGGGAGGUAAUCAGUGAAGACGAGUACCACCAGCGCACUGCUGCGCUGAUUCGCAGCAACUCGCACAGCGCAGCCGGAAGCACCCCGAAUGAGAAGUCCAUCGGUACCUCUAGAGAGUCGCCGUCAUGCCCGGCUGCAGCGCAGAAGACGGAUUCGAGAGGCGCUGUGCAGAAGCGGGGAAAGCAAGAGCAGCUGACAGCGUCGCCGGCCAAGACACUCCUUUCCUUCUUCAAGCCCUCCUUGGCCUGA